AUGUCCGGGCUCGAGAAAGCUCUGUUCAACCUGAAGGUACGUCAUCGCCAUCUCCGUUUUUCAACCCAUUCACCGAAUCUCGCGUUUGUUGUCCGCUAUGCCCGCUUUUUCCCGCAGCGGGGGCUGAGCUAUGGCAGUGGGUUGCUUGCUGACAUAACUAUUGUGCGGGACAGUUUACUGCGAAGCAGUUAAAUCGGCAGGCGGUCAAGGCUGGUAAGGAUGAGACAUCGGAAAAGGCAAAGAUAAAGAAGGUUUGCUCGGAAAAACCCCUCAACCCUUACCCGCCCUACUGCACUGCAUUCCACUCCGCUGUUGUACCCUUACUCCACCCAUACAUGCAUACGUGCAUCCUUGAAGACUUUUUUUUUUCCUUCCCUUUUUUAAGCCAUUCCCUUUUUUAUUUUUGCUUUUUGCCUUUUCCAUUUUUUCGAUCAUGCUCUUUUCUUUUUUGUUUCCUUGUGGCCGGUAAGACGGCCGGCCCGCUGACACGGUUGAAUUAGGCCCUCUCACAAGGAAACCAAGAUAUCGCAAAGAUAUACGCACAGAAUGCCAUUAGAAAGCAGAACGAGCGCCUGAACCUUCUGCGCCUUGCCUCAAGAAUCGAUGCGGUGGCAAGCAGGGUGCAGACUGCCGUGACCAUGAGGCAGGUCACCGGCAGCAUGGCGAAUGUGGUCAAGGGGAUGGAUAGUGCUAUGAAAACCAUGAACCUGGAGAAGGUGUGCUAUCACCGCUUGUCAUUGCUACUAUUGCUACUGUGGUUCCCUUCAUUGCCGCACCUGAUUUCGGCAUCUCGGCCCGGUUCUCACGGGGACGGAAGGGGAAGAGAAGGGUCUACUGAUUUUUUCGUCUUUUUUUUUUUCUCCCUUUCUUUACUGACGAAAGUGCCUGCUCUUUCUGGGUAGAUUUCCUUGGUUAUGGAUAAGUUUGAAACCCAGUUCGAAGACCUGGACGUCGCGACCGGGUAUUACGAGAACGCAACCUCUUCUGCGACGGCCGUUGCCACUCCGCAAGAAGAUGUCGAUCGAUUGAUGGGCCAGAUUGCCGAUGAGAACGGGUUGGAGCUUACACAGGAGUUGACUGCGGCGACACCUUCUAAAGCGAAGAUUGGACCGACGGAGCAGGAGGAGGACGUGUACGUUGUCAUUUCAUUCAUUGGUUCUGGAGCUUUCCUCUCCCUCCCCCUCUUUGCUUUCCUUCCCCGUCCCCUCCUGUGCUUUUCGCGGAGAUGAGAGUACUGAUCAACCGUCCGCAAUUAUUAGGCUUGGAGAGCGCUUGAGAGCUUUGAGGGGAUAACAAGUCCACUUUAUGGACUGGGGUUACGUUAACCUGUACAGGCGUAAUGAGUAUGAAGGUGAUGAAAGCUGGGAUGAAAUGAAACAAUAA